AUGCACUUCACUCCGAUCCUCCUCGUUACCCUGCUCGGCCUCGCAGCCGCCGCCCCUACCGCCCCCAACUUUCCCAUCGAUCUCGAAGCACGCGACGACUGCAAAUACCGCAUUCCCUGUCACCGCAACUGCCAGGAUAUAGCAAGGGCCCUCGACUACUGCCACUGCUUAACUUGGUGCGGGGGAGGACACGAAGAGCAGGAUAAGCAGCGCCGAUAUGACGUGUGCUGCGCGACAAAUCCUUCCUAG